CACCACCGACCAACCCUUCCCCCUUCUCACCAUCGACCAACCCUCCAAUCCUUCCCUUACCUCCGCUGCCAUCUCCACAUCGUCGCCGCCUCCAUCAAAACCUCCUCCAACGGAGCAUGGCAAGGCGACAAUCCCCUCGAUUUCGCCUUCCCGCUCCUCAUCCUCCAGACCAUCUUGAUCCUCGCCGUCAGCCGCUCCCUCGCCUUCCUCCUCAAGCCCCUCUGCCAGCCUAAGGUCAUCGCCGAGAUCGUCGGCGGGAUCCUCCUCGGGCCGUCGGCGUUCGGCCGGAACCACCACUACAUGCACCGGGUCUUCCCCAAGUGGAGCGCCCCGAUCCUCGAGUCCGCCGCCAGCAUCGGCCUCCUCUUCUUCCUCUUCCUCGUCGGCCUCGAGCUCGAGCUCUCCUCCAUCCGCCGCGGCAGCCGCGCCUUCGGCAUCGCCGCCGCCGGGAUCACCCCCCCCCCCCCCUUCGCCGGCAUCGCCGAUCCUCGAGUCCAGCCCUUCCCCCUUCUCGCCGCGCCUCGCCGCCCGUCGCCGCGACCCCUCCAGGCUCCAGAUCUGUUUCCAUGGAGAAAGGUGAGAGAAGAAGAAGGAGGCCGAUGCUGGCGGAUGGAUAAGGAAGGAGAGAGGAAGGAUAAGGAAGGUGUGGUGGAUAUUUUUUUUGUUUUCUUUAGUUAA